AUUAAAUUAUAUGUAUUUAAAUAAGUUAAUAUUUAAAAAUACUUAAUUUUCCUAAUAAUGGUUGGGUCUUCAUAAAUUCAGCUGUAAAAGAUUUUAGCAAGAAAAAUAUUAAAUUCACUCUAAGUACUAAUUUUAAACGAAAAAAUAUGUUUGAUUAAAAAAGUUACGACUCGGUUGACGUAAGGGUCAUCAUUUUAUUGGCUUACGAGGUUCCCUUGCCCCAAGGUCAAAGGUCACGUGCAACACGUGGAUAAGUUACUUUGGCGCCACAAAAGACUGCAGUGCAGUGCAGUGAGGAGGAUGUAAGCUUCAAGCUAUCGGCAGUUAUCAGCAACGUCGGUGUCACGGUUGUUGGCUACAGUAUGAUUUGGCAAUGUAAGUUGUGCUCAGCUUCUUUUACUGACAGAUUGCAAAUAUUUAAGCACUACAGACUGCAGCACAGUCACUUUUCCAGUGUAAGCCCCCUUCCAUGCAUCUAUAAUUAUUGCAUGUGUACAUUUAAGACACUUAAUAGUCUUAGAACUCAUUUGUCAAGAUGUCAUACUCGGCAAUUUGGUAGUAGUGCAGAACACUCUCAGCAGGCUCUGUUAUUUAAAUGCCCUUUAUGCCCAUUUCAGCAGCAAUUUUCUGAAUCUGUUCUUUUCUGCCAUCUUAGAAGGCAUUUAAGAAAUCAUGAAACAGUGGCUUGCCCAUAUAAGGAUUGUAGCUUUACCACAAAUGUAUACUCUUCAUUCAAUUCUCAUAAAAGUAGAUCACACCAAGCAAGCGUUUCAUCAGACUUUCAAAAUGACAUUGUCAGUGAUGUUGGUCAAGCCAGUAUUCCUGCAGUUGAUGGUGAUUUAUAUGAAGAACCUCCAAGCACAGAUGAGGAUCCAGUGGGGAUUGAUGGUCAGUGUGACACUGACGUACUAAAAAAACAUCUUAGAAUUAAUUUAUCUUCCUUAUUUUUGAAGAUGCAGGCAAUCCUACAUGUCUCAAACACAGCUACCCAAGAAAUAGUGGAGCAUUUAAAUCAGGUCUGCUUCUUAUCUCGGCCUUUGAUCAAGGAGGCAAUUAGAGAUAUAUUGCAGAAAAAUGGUUGCAAUGUGGCAGAAUCUGCACUGGAUGAAGUUGUAAGUGCUGUUAUGGAUUCCAAUGUUAUAUUUACUAGUACUUCUAAAGGUGCAGAGUUAUCCACAUCCAAGCGCAGAAAAGUCUUUUUCGAGCACAACUAUCCGUGUGUAAUGCCAGUCGAGUAUCAGCUGGAGCAACGUGGACAUACCACAAUGUAUGUUCCUAUUCUUCAAAUGAUUCAGGAGUUGUUUAAAAACACAGACAUUCUAAAAAUGAUUACUGAUCCAAAUACCAAUUCUGGUCAAUAUGCCUCAUGCUACAAUGGCUCAUAUUUCCUUGAAAAUGAAUUAUUUUCAACAGGUGAUCUCAUUUUACCACUCCAGUUAUAUAUUGAUGAGCUUGAAAUUGCCAACCCACUUGGCACAUCACGUAAAAUUCACAAACUUUGUGCUGUAUACUGGGCACUUGCCAAUAUGUCACCAAAAUACAGGUCAGCAUUACACAAUAUACAGCUAGCAAUGCUUGCAAAAGUGACAGACCUCCAGAGGCAUGGGUAUGCAGCUGUACUUGCUCCAUUAUUACAUGAUGUUCAUAUUCUUGAACAGGAUGGUGUUUUUAUUGAACGACUUGGUCGCAAUGUCAAAGGCACCAUCUUUUGUGUGUCUGCUGACAAUCUAGCUGCCCAUGGAUUAGGUGGCUUUGUGGAGUCAUUUAAAGCAGGCUAUGUUUGCAGAUUCUGCUUGGCCACAAGAGAACAGUUUCCAGCAACUGAAGCCAGGCAGUUUUCUCAAAGAACCAAAGAUAGCCAUGACCUUCAUGUACAAAACAUUCAGGAAAAUGACGCUUCCUCCAACCACUUUGGUGUUAAAACAAGUUGUGUCUUGCGUGACUGCCUGGAUUACUUUCAUCCAGUCACAGGCUUUCCUCCAGAUGUCCUGCAUGAUCUUCUAGAAGGCAUAGUUCCUGUGGAGAUUUCUCUCUGCAUUAAGACCUUGAUCCAGAUGAAGUACUUCACUUUAGAGUAUUUGAACCAAAAGAUUGCAUCAUUCCCAUAUCAACAUGCUGAUAAAGUGGAUAGGCCUCAACCAAUUCCCAAAACAUUUCUGUCUCGAGGAACGAUAGGAGGGAAUGGUCAUGAAAAUGCUACUCUGCUCCGACUGCUUCCAUUGCUUGUAGGCAGUGUUGUACCAGAAGGUAAUGGUGCAUGGACAGUUUUGAUGGAACUGAAAGAGGUAGUGCAGUUAGCAUUAUGCCCAUCAUUUACUGAUGAAACCUUAGACUAUUUUCAGUCCAAAAUCAGCGAUCAUAAGCAAGUACUGCUGAAGACAUUCCCAGAGUUUAGCCUUCGUCCUAAGCAUCACUAUGUGGAGCAUUACCCCACCAUGAUCAAGUGCUAUGGGCCCCUGGUGCAUGUUUGGACAAUGCGAUUUGAGGCCAAACACCGUUUUUUUAAACGAGUGGUGCAUGACGCUCAAAACUUCAAAAAUAUUUUGAAGACAAUGGCAGUCAGACACCAACACAUGAUGGCAUACCAUCUUGCUGCCCCAUCAUUUUUCAAGCCAGAAACACAAGCAUCCAGGGUUGACUCUGUUCUGGUUUCAGCUCUACCAGAAGUAGCUCAGCUACACAUUAGAACACUAACAACUAGUGACACAAUAUACCAGACAUCAAAGGUUACCAUUGAUGGCACACACUAUGUCUGUGAAAUGUUUUUGUCUGUCGGAGACAGUGGUGGACUACCUAGGUUCUGCAGAGUAGAGCACAUCUACCUUGUCAAUAGCACUGUUUCAUUCCUUUGUUCUAAUUAUGAUUGCUGGUAUUUAGAACAUCUUGGAUCCUAUGAGCUGUCACCUUCCCAGACAAGUCUGUCAAUCCACCUGAAGUCUGAUCUCAACGAUUCAGUCCCGCUCUCUGCAUACGAGGUAGAAGGCUCGCUUCUGUUAACACCCAAGAGAUUCAUACAAAUAAAACAGAACUGAGUCUAGCCAGUGGUGAGUAGUUUUUAUUGAAUUAAUUACUAUAUUUGUAUUACUGUUUAUCUAGCAGCAUAUAAUCUGUAUAUUUUAAUAACCAUUUAUGCAUGCCAAUCUUUUGCUUUCCAUUAGCAUAAUGGCAGAUCUAUCCCCACAACCCAUGGUCCUUCGUGUUGUUGAACCAGACCGGGCUAGAAAAUUAAAACUCGGUUCACGACCAGCCUCUAUUGAUGCACUGAUUGCUGUUAUAAAAGAACAGCUGGAAAUAGACCUUGACUUCAGUUUAAAAUAUGAAGACCCCGACUUUGAUGGAAAACUUACAUCCCUCUCUGACAUUGAUGAGUUGCCACAGAAAGCGGUUGUGCAUGUGUCUUUUGAGCAAGAUUCCAGCUCUGUUGCCUCAACGGAAACAAUCUCAAGUGUAUCAUCCUCAGAACGUGGGAGAAGAUGGCCUUCAGUUUUUUUUUCAAUUCCCACAUUUUCUUUGGAUGUUGAAUUGAAACUUCGGGAAGGUAAUACUGAAUUUGAGAAGAACAACAAGUAUCUUCAGUUAACAAGAGACGUAAAACAUGACAUUUUAGAAAAGCUAGCAUCUGAGAUGUAUGGCUACAAGGCUUAUCCCAGUGAUAAGGAGAUAGGAAUGGUAGCUGAGGCUCUUGUGUUAAAAUAUCCUUGCUUGAAGGAAGCAGGAUCUGAAACUGGCUGGAAUGGAUGGAAGAACAGCCUAAAGUUUAAGAUGGGCAACUAUAGGAGCAAGAUGAGAAGGGCUGGAUGUUCAGAGAUCACAGUGAAUGCUGGAAAAAGAAGUAGAAUGAAUCCUGACAAUGAAUCUUCACAUUCAAAUAUUAAAAGACCCAAACGAGCGGAGGUAAACUUUCUGCCCAACUUUCCCCAAGGAGAAAAUCCCUCAACCCUUGAACAGCUGAGGCAGAAAGUCGUUGAUGAAAUGAAGAAAGCUGAGAAGAACUUGCCGCUUAUAAAAAAGAUGAUGCAAACCACAUUUGCCCUGCGGCGACAAACCAUAGUAAAGACAUGCCCACCAGUGAAAGAGCUCAUGGAACUCUGGCCUGCACUCAAAAUGGAAUCUGAGGUGUAUGCAGAGUUCCAACGGAUUACAAACCAGAACCUGCCCAACACAUUCUACUCUGAGCUUGACCGACAUCUUCCUAGACUGAUGACCCUGUUCAGACAGAAGGCAAGCAGAACCGGGAAGACGUCAGACGCUUUGACUGAAAUCCUGAAAAUCCAUGAUGAACAGGAGGUUCAUGACAUACACACCAAGCGUGUUACUGUUCUUCAUGCCCUUCCUGUGUAUCUACGUGAGGACGUCUCUGAGUUUUUCAAGACCUGCACAGACACAUCUGAUGAGCCUGACCUUUUAGAUGUUUCAGUAGCCCUCCUCACAGUCGUCAAAGAUAAUGACACAGGUCCAGUUCACUUCCAGCCUGUGAAAAUCUCUGUUGUCAUUGAAAGCGAGAUUGUGGGCAACCUCCCCAGAUUUGCUGAUGCCGUCCUGGUAAUGUUUGGACUGAUCUAUGCACUACACCUCAGCUAUCCCAGGGGACUGACCAACACUUUUGAAUUCAUUCAGAAGAUUUUACUUGGUCUUGACGAUGGUAAACUGUCACCCAAGUUACAGAGUCUCAAAAAUGACUUGAUGCGCAUGUAGACAUUUAUCAGAAUAAUUACUAAGGCCUGGCAGUUCCUUUGUAGUUCAAUGUAGAUUAUUUCUGUGAAAAUAAUGGUUAAAAUGUUUCUGCACCAGUUGUUUUCCCACAAUAUGCACAGUGUGCCUUUUGUAUUAAUGUUAUUUGGCAUUAAUACAACUCUUGUUCUUGAAAGUUAAGUACUGGGUAGUACUUGAUAAUUGUAUGUGUAUUUUAGUUGUAAAUGGUACAUGUUAAGUUUCAGGCAGGUUCAUAAAUUUGUAAUUUUAGAGGUGCUAUUUUAAUCUGGUGUUCAGGUUUUAGCCUAGUGCAUCUCUGAAUUGUUUUAUGCUUCUGUCUUAAAUUAACACUGCAGUGUUAAAUAGAAGAGGGCAAGAAUUCAGUGUAACUCACUGUAACUUAAACUUUACUUUGUUUGUACUCAAAAUAUUUGAGGCAAUGAGUUGCCACAAAAAUUUUAAGUUUUGAAACAUGCGAUUUUGAGUCUUGUGUGUGAAAGCUUUUGAGUUACUUGUACUUGUAAAACAAAUGACAAAGACUAAUAAAUAUUGAGUUGAUGCUACUUAAAAAUG